AUGGUUAAUGGUACCAGAAAUUUGGCCGAGCUGCUGGAUGAAUUGCUUGAUUUGAGCUUCGAGAAGGGCGAAGGAGAAUCAAAACAACAUAUUUUACGUGAGCUAUUAACAAAUCUCCACAUUGACGGGAAUACAAAGGAUUCAAUCAGAGAAUACAUUGAACUCGAGUUUGCUGAGAAGCUUACUAAUUUGGGAGCCGCGGUAAGGGACUUCAAAAAUAAUUAUGAUGCUUGGAGAGAAUUUAUAAAGUAUGAGUACGAUGAGAGCACUCGAACGGGUUAUGCAGUUGCACUACAACUUGUGAUAUUGCUGAUAAGUAACUCACUUCUCAAUAAACAGUUAUUUGCAAAUGAGUUCGGGCUUAAAGGCGAUUUAAAAUUAAGGCUCGAUACGUGUGAAGAUGAAAUCGUAUUGAUAAGACUAAGGGAGCUCUAUUAUGAUGUUCUUUCAGUAUCAGCAAAUCCGAUUGAUUUACUUAUUUUAUACACGGAUAUUGAUAGUAAUAGGUCUUCAAAACUUAAUGUAUUGAACCACCUUGCGGAAGGGCUAACGGAGCCGUACUUACAAUCCUACCUUCAAUUUGAGAAUUGUUAUUAUAUGUUUUUCCUGGAAACAGGAUUAACGUCAUUCACUAUAGAUAUAUGGUUAGAGUUGUUGAAUGUAAGCUCGAACCGAAUCCUGACUAUUGCGGGCAAUAUAUGCGUCGAAGUAAAAGAAGGCGUACUUUAUGUUACAAAUGAUGAGUUUAUCAUAGCCAUGUUCGAUGCGUUUGACUUCUCCCUAUUGACAAUUUAUCAUGUGGCACUUGUAUUUGACGGUAUUCAAUUAACUCUUAACAUUGAUGGUAACAACGUACAAUCUGUAAACCUAAUACAGAGCGAAAUUAAUGUAUUUGACAGGUUGGAGCUUGGCUCAACAAAUUCAUCGUUUAAGCUUUACAGAAUCACUAUAUGGAAAAAUGAUCUUUCGGGUUCAAUGCUAAAGCUGAUUCAUAAGAUGGGACUACUAUGGUGUGUGAAUGAAGAUUGGGCUCCUUUUUACGAAAACCUGGCUUUGGGAGGAACACAACACAUGGUAGAUUAUACUCAAUUCAGGAGUCUUGCGGAAAGUAAUAUAUUAGAUGACCGGCUAGCUAGGACGUGGAUUGCUACGUUAGAGAGAGACUCUGCUAGCUAUACGCUUUCACUAUCCGAUGAUAAUGCUGCUGAGUACAGCAAGUGUCUCUAUUAUAAAAGCAGUGAUAUUUUAUCGAACAUGAACGCCAUAUUUGCGUUGAGAAUAGUUAUCAUUCUCAUAUGGGAAGCAAGCGAGGUGGGCUUUAUCUAUGGGCUGCUAGAACAUCUUUUUAUUUUACUAAAGUGUAGAAGUUUGAAAAGACAAUUUGAAUCAGAGUUUGGAUAUACGCUAUUAAGUCACUUGUUAACUGGUAGUUUAUCAGAGAAAUCUGGAACUGCCAUGUCAAUUGAUUUCUUAAAUUUAAUCCUAGGUUUUUGCGGCUGGCGUAACGAUGAUCCGUCAUUAUCAAUGAUAUCAAAUAAAGAUGCAUACAAGAAGCUAGUUAUGAAUUUAGGGUUAUGGGCGAAUGGAGCAUCUAUAUCACAGGAACAAUGUGAGAUUUUAAGGUUUCUGCUAUUCCAGACUGAUUGGAUACAACACUCCAACUAUAGUGAAUACAAUAAAUUGCAGAUAAAGGAUUUGAAAAUAAUUGAAGCGUUUACUAUCCAACAGCAUUUGCUUUACUCUGAAGCAGGGAAACAAAAUAUUAUUAACAAUUUACGCCCGGAUUUGGUAAACUUUUAUGCAUCUUUACUACAGACUGAUUUAACCCAUAAGGAUAUUGCAUAUCUUUUACAUUUUGUAUACUACGAGCUGAAAAGCUACCAUUUUGAGAGUGCGGAUAUUGUGCUCAAUUCAAUUGAUAAAGUACUCCUAAAAGCUCUAAAAGAAGAUGACCAAAUUAUGGUGGGAAAAAUAUGCAACUCAAUUCCACUUAAAAUUCUCAUGGUAAUAAUAAAUGAGGGAUCCAUCGGUGAAUCUCUAACUGUAACAGGCCUUUCGCUCCUCUUUAAAUGCCUUUCAAUCCAGCAUAGCGCUCAUAAGUCCUUUGCAAAAAGUGGUGGAUAUUUGCUGUUAUUGUCGAUUUUAAAGUCCACUGCUUAUUUUAGACUUGAGAAGAUCGUGAAACUGCUGUUUUCGAUAUCAGUAGGCCAGGCGAUUGAUCCAAAUAGUCCAGAUUAUGAUAGAACAGCUCACCUGGAAGGAACGGAUAUUUCCCAUAUAGCAAUUGAAGUCCAUGCUUUGAUACUCUCUUUCUUCCAACAUUUUGUUGAUCGUGGAGUUGAAGAAGCUGUUAUCGAACGCUUAGAAUCUAGCAUUUGCUCAUAUAUUUCCAUGUUAAAAGAAUCCGCAAAUGGAGGAAACUUUGAAACUCUAUUAUUUGACCCUAAUGCAUCCCCUUUGACUGAGCAUCUUUCAAAUUUAUUGGUUAGUUUACAAGCCUCACCGCAUAAGCACUUACAUCGCAAGUCAGCGGCCUGCAUAGUUGAGUUCAUGGCAAAUAAUGUUCUGCGACACGUAAAGCAAGAUCACAGUUUAGUCUUUUUAGAUUACUUGCGCGGAAUUUUAUCCAUGAAAGGUGCGAAUGAACCCUACACUGGAAAGAAGACCUCCAACAAGCAUAUUAACUACAUCAAGCCAUUUAUUUGUAUGGAAAUUCUUCCUAUUGUUUUGGAGAAGUUUCUAGAGCCGCAAUUUAUCUUAGAAGCUCAACUUCAACAAACGCCCUCAGUAUUUAAGAAUAUUAUAGGUAUUUUUGAAGAAGUUCAGGCUUUAUUAUGUUCAUUUUUACGCGAUCCAGAGGAAUAUUUGAGGCUACAAAAGUGUGGACUGACCUUAUUAGAUGUUGUAAAGGAUUGCAGCAUUACUAACCCGAAACAAUCCGAUGUUAGUAAGCUUAUCCAACUUGUGCAAUCUGUGAUGUACAACUUCCUAUAUCUAAUUAUGAAUCAGCAGCUAGGGUUAUCUGAAGUGCAAUGGACUGAAUUCCUUAAGAGACUACUGUUUUUUCAAGAAGCAUUAUUUGGAAUGAAAACCAGUAAAGUUGAAAAGGAUUUUUCAUCUAUAUGUAUGGUAUUUUUGAUAUAUUGUAUCCAAAAGCUUCCCGGAAAUGAAAAUGUGGUAUUAGCCGUCAGCUGUUUAAGGACCAUAAUAGUUCAUCAUGAAGGUAAAUUGCGUUCGGUUGCAUAUAUUUUAAGUCGGUCGCACAGAGAAACAAUCUCUGGGUAUCUUUCUCAAAUUAUGGCGUCAAAUGACGAUGAGGUAAUUAGAAGUUUACAGUCACCUAAAGCAACGGCUAGCUUUGAUCCCAUUUAUUCGGAAUUCCUUCAGAAUACACUUGUUAAAAAGGUGACUAUGAAUGAUAGUAAUGAAUUUUCUUCCAAAGGCGCAGCGUAUGAAUCCUUGCUGCAAAUAAAGUCAAGUGUUAUGGAGAACGUUUUGAUUGAAACGCAGAAUAUUUACAACAUCUUCAAGAAAGAUAACGCUUUAUUUGCACAGAAAAUAGUGAAAAGUGAGUCGAAAAGAGUUUUAAAUUUUAUUAAUGAUCUUGAAGGAGAUCUGAUCCAUUCUCAUCAAAAGAUGAAUGAUUUGAAACUUGAUACCGAAAAGUUCAAAAAGCUUCAUGGGUUUAGCAGCACUUUCAGACAAGAAUGGUCUUUGGACGCAUGUGAAGACUAUAAUCGUAUGAAAAAGCGGCUGGUUUCAUUAUACCUCAAUCCACUUGAAAAUAGCGACAAUCAACAACUGGUAACUGACAGGACUAUAACGCCUAAUAGUCAAUCAAAUCAAAUAAAAUACUACCAUGGCGGAAUAGUGCCUUCUAAAUUGGUUCCAGAUAUAGAGAAGCUUGAUAUUGCCAAUAAAGAUACUGAGGAUAAUAACCGCAAAGUUCUAAGAAGUUUAAAAAGCGGCGAUAACAUUAGGCGAAUAUGGAAUUGCACCAGAAUAACAGGACUCAAUUUAACGGAAGGAAUAUUAGUGUUGGGGUCUUACCAUCUUUACUUCAUCGAAAAUUAUAUCUUUUCAUCUAAGGAGAAGAAAGUUUGUAACUUAGCAGAUGUUCCAUCUUCAGCGCGUGAUGUCACAGCACGUCUGAUAGCAGGUACAACAGAGUCAUCAAUCAAAAAUGAAAAAGAGAGAUUAAUAAUUUCAUGGGAACUUGCAAAAUUAGUGAUUUUGAUUAAGCGCCCAUUUUUACUUCGGGAUGUUGCAAUUGAGUUCAUUUUUGAGCACGGUAGGAGUUGCCUUGUAACUUUUUCAAACACGACUGUAAGAGAUAAUGUUUACAGACAUAUGGAUAAGGCAUUCAAGGGAACUGAGAUGGAUCCUGUAUUAUUUGAAACUUUAAAUGGUGUUAAUCAGCGCACAUAUGAAAUCGGUUUUAAAAAUGGUAUAUCUGCAGCUACAUUGUCAACAAAGUUUGCGAGCGUGUUUUCACCAACAGCAAACUUAGUGGAUACUUUGCAGUCAUUGAAAUUAUGGAGAAAUGGGUAUAUUUCUAAUUUCUAUUAUUUAAUAAUCGUUAACACCCUGGCUGGAAGAACAUUUAACGACUUAACACAAUAUCCGGUGUUUCCAUGGGUAAUAGCUGAUUAUACAAGUGAGGAACUUGAUUUAAGUGACCCUAAGAGCUUUAGGGAUUUAUCAAAACCGAUCGGUGUACAGGACAGCACCAUAAUGCAACAAUUUGUCGAGAGAUACGAAGCUUUGUCGGCCUUGGAGGACGAUAAUUCUCCACCAUUUCACUAUGGAACUCAUUACUCUUCAGCAAUGAUUGUUUCUUCAUACUUGAUUCGUUUGCAACCAUUUGUGGUUUCAUACCUUCUGCUGCAGGGAGGAAGAUUUGGCCCGCCCGAUAGAAUAUUUAACUCCAUUGAACGGUCGUGGAAAUCAGCUUCGAGCGAAAAUACUACCGAUGUACGUGAACUAAUACCAGAGUUUUUCUAUCUGCCUGAUUUCCUAACAAAUGUUAAUGACUAUGAAUUCGGAAAGCUACAAUCAGGCGAACAGGUUGGGGACGUUAUUUUACCUCCUUGGGCGAAAAAUGACCCCAAGAUUUUUAUCAGCAAGAACCGAGAAGCACUGGAAAGUCCGUAUGUAUCUGAAAACUUACACAAAUGGAUUGACCUAAUAUUUGGUUUUAAGCAAAAAGGCAAGGAAGCUAUUGAAUCGGUAAACGUUUUCAACAGGUUGAGUUAUCCUGGUGCGGUUCACUUAGAUAGUAUAAACGAUGAAAAUGAGCGCAGAACAAUUACUGGCAUAAUCCACAAUUUUGGCCAGACACCUCUUCAAUUAUUUGACUUGCCGCAUCCUCCAAGGAAUUUUAGAGGAAUUCGCCAGUUAGGUAAUAGUUUCUCAGAUACUCUACGGCUGCCUGAUUCAUCCGUCAGGAUGACAUCAGCAAUUGACGACCAAAGUACAAUUGCAUCCGUUGAGCUUAGCUACAGUCAUAACCAGCCUCAAUGGACUGGAUAUUUUCAUGAUACUAUUGCAUUACUUGGUACUACUGCAAGGGUAACAGAACAAACGUCUCUUUUGGUAGGAAAUAAACUUUUCAAGAACAUGCAUUCCACCACUAUUACAUCCUUAGCUAAUUAUCAUGAUCACUAUUUUAUCACAGGAGAUGAUAUUGGAAUAUGCAAGCUAUGGAAAGCCAGUGUCACUGGUGACAGUAGUCAUGUUGAGCACGUUAAGAAUUUUUAUGGUCAUUUUAGCGAAAUCAAAGAAAUUGUUGCAGCUAAAGAAUAUAACACGUUCUUAACGCUUGACACUUCGGGAGCUGUGUAUACUUGGGAUAUUUUAAAUGGUGAUGUCAUCCAAACUAUUACAGAAAAGGCAACUCAUGCGUCUUUAUCUGGAAGCACCGGCAAUAUUGUAACUGCAACAAAAGAUGGUAAAGUUACAGUUUAUGAUUUGAAUGGUACCAAAUAUACAAGCAUAGCAUUAGAAGAGAGGAUUACGGCCAUCUCAUUUAUGAGUUUUAAUAAUAUUGAUGCAUCAGAGAAAAGGCAUAUGUACUGGAAAGAAGAAGACAUUGUAAUUGUAGGAAAUGAUGCGGGCAAAAUAGGACUAUAUGAAUUGACAAAUAGGUCUGGCAAGUGGGAUUUAAUCCGUUUACAGUCAAUCCUUUCAGGCAAGGAGAAUAAAAUAACUGCAAUAUCAUCAAGAAUUAGAACUAAAGAACAGACUUCGGACUCCUCCGAAGUCGCCGAAGUAACCCGUGCAGAAAUAGCUGCAGGAGACUCGCAAGGAUAUAUCCAUAUUUGGAUGUGA